GUUAUACAUCUUCCAAUUCACCUCUUGUUUCGAUCCAUACCGUGUCCUUGCCGUGCUGUUAUCAAUCAUGGGCUACGAAGACCUUCAGACCGCGGUCGUCAAUCGCUCGCUCCGCUCUGUCAAGACGGUAAGGCUGCCAGGCGGAAAAGUCUCAUAUGGCCUCAACCACUAAAGCACACGACAGGAACUCGAAUUCCUGAAAGACGCAAACGUUCUCACGGCGCAGCAGUACUCGUCCAUCAUCGGAAACCUCCCGGCGGAGAAUGCUGCGCCCGUGCAACAUCGCGUUCACGAGGCUCCCACGCCCGUGCAGAGCACCCCUAUCCCGGCCAUGGCCCAGCUCAGCAUGAACAACAACAACAACAACAGCAACAACAACGAGAAGAAUGGAUACUACCAGCCGGCCGCGACGCCGAAUGUGCCUCCACCGGCGUACCCGAGCGCGCCCGCCGCUCCGGCAUCAGGCCUCGCCACCUGCUCUGCGCUGUACCAGUACAACGCCCAAGACGCCGGUGAUCUGCAGCUAAUGCCAAACGACCGGGUCGUGAUCACGGAAUACAUGAAUGCAGAGUGGUGGAAGGGACGGAACGAGAAGACUGGCCAGGAGGGCAUCUUCCCACGGAGCUACGUCAAGAUCAUCGAGGAGAAGGGCCCCAUGAUGCCCUCUGUUCCAACGCACCAGCCGAGCAACUAUGGUAACAUGCCUCAGGACGUCGCCCACGCGGGACCCAGCGAGCAGCCAGGCAAGGGAGCUGAGAUGGGCAAGAAGUUUGGCAAAAAGCUCGGCAACGCAGCAGUCUUUGGUUCGACGCCCGGUGCGCACAAGUGCGAGGUCAGGCUGACAGAUAUACAGGUGCCGGAGCGACUAUUGGGUCCAAGAUUGUCAAUGGCAUCUUUUGAUAAGCGAACAGGUACUUUCCAUAUGUUUGGCGUUCCGGUCGGCGUGGGAGUCGAUAGUGUGAGACGGGUGUUGUGGGCAGGGGUAGGACUGCGUGACAGCUAUCACGUUCUUCUCGUUUCAAUCGAGCUUGAGAAGCUGCUUUAUCUUUCAAUGAACUUGUCGUGUUUUCAAAUCACUUGGGGAUAGUGCUGAUGUGACAGCUCGGCUGUGUUUCGACAGUGUGACACGACCUUCGGCUGGGUGAAUGGGUGCUGUUGACCGACGACCCCCUUGCCUGACAGUCCAGCCUAUUCAUCGUCACCCUUGACGCACGUCCUGACAGUGAACCCGGCAGUAGUAAGAGACUUCUCUACACUCUACAGAUCCUAACUCUCUCUCUCUCUCUCUCUCUCUCUC